UUGCUACUUUGGGGUGUGGCUGCCUUCAGGAAAGAAACAGACAUGUCCCUUUGCUUGUCUUGUGUGUGGAUUGGUGUCCAUAGGAAAAACCAUCCAACAAAACUGACGCUGUCUCUUGUCACCAUGGAGAUAUUACUCCGUUCCCAGCGUUUUCAGCGCCUAGCAAUUCCUGGCCUCAUGAGAGUGUUGCAGAAAGAUUACAGAACAGCGACCCCUCAGAAUUUUUCCGACUAUGAGUCCAUGAAGAAGGGUUUCAAACUGGAGACUCCAGAAUAUUUCAACUUUGCUAAAGACGUCCUGGACCAAUGGACCGACGUGGAAAGGGCUGGGAAGAGACCCCCCAAUCCAGCCCUGUGGUGGACGAGUGGAAGUGGAGAAGAAGUGAGGUGGAGUUUUGAGGAACUGGGAUCUUUGUCCAGGAAAUUUGCCAAUAUACUUACAGAAGCCUGUGCCCUGCAAAGGGGAGAGCGAGUCCUUGCCAUCCUGCCCCGGGUCCCAGAGUGGUGGCUUGCAAACGUGGCCUGUCUGCGAACAGGUACAGUUUUAAUUCCGGGGACCACUCAGCUGACCCAGAAAGACAUCCUCUACAGACUGCAGGCUUCCCAAGCGAAGUGCAUCAUUGCCAGCGAAGCUGUCGCCCUGGCAGCGGAUGCUGUGGUGGCCAAGUGUGAAAACCUGCGCUCCAAGCUGAUUGUGUCUGAGAACCCCAGAGACGGGUGGGGGCAUCUCAAGGAGAUGAUGAAACAUGCCAGCGACAGCCACACCUGUGUGGAGACAAAACACGAUGAGACGAUGACCAUUUACUUCACCAGCGGGACGACCGGAGCCCCUAAAAUGACGGCACACACCCACAGCUCUUUCGGUUUAGGAUUGUCUGUAAACGGAAGGUUCUGGCUGGAUUUGCAGCCUUCGGAUGUGAUGUGGAAUACCUCUGACACGGGCUGGGCCAAGUCUGCAUGGAGCAGCGUGUUUUCGCCUUGGAUCCAGGGUGCAUGCGUCUUUGCACAUUGUUUGCCGGAGUUUGAGCCGACUUCCAUCUUGCAAAUUCUCUCCACGUUUCCCAUCACAGUCUUCUGCUCAGUGCCCACUGUGUACCGCAUGCUCGUCAGGAGUGACAUGACCAGCUGUAAGUUCAGAAGUUUAAAGCACUGUGUGACGGCCGGGGAACCCAUCGGCCCUGAAGUGUCCAAGCAGUGGAGAGACAAGACAGGGCUGGAUAUCUAUGAAGGGUACGGACAGACUGAAACGGUGCUGAUCUGUGGAAAUUUUAAGGGCAUGAAAAUUAAGCCGGGCUCCAUGGGAAAGCCUUCCCCUGCGUUUGAGGUCAAGAUUUUGGAUGCAAAUGGCAAUGUUCUACCUCCUGGACAAGAAGGAGACAUUGGCCUUCAAGUUCUGCCUAACCAGCCAGUUGGCCUUUUCACUCAUUAUGUAGAUAAUCCUACAAAAACAGCUUCAACUCUACGAGGCAACUUCUACCUCACUGGGGACAGAGGCUACAUAGAUGAAGAUGGAUAUUUCUGGUUUGUUGCAAGAUCAGAUGACAUCAUAUUAUCCUCUGGUUACCGAAUUGGACCAUUUGAGGUAGAGAGUGCCCUGUCUGAGCAUCCCGCAGUGGCCGAGUCGGCUGUUGUCAGCAGCCCAGACCCCAUCAGAGGAGAGGUAGUAAAGGCUUUUAUUGUUCUGAACCCCGAUUACAAGUCACAUGGCCAAGAACGACUAAAAAAGGAGAUUCAGGAGCAUGUAAAAAAAACUACAGCACCUUACAAAUAUCCUAGAAAGGUAGAAUUUGUUCAAGAGCUUCCAAAGACGAUCAGUGGGAAGAUAAAAAGAAAUGAACUGAGGAAGAAAGAAUGGGAAACUAUUUAAAUCCAUUCCAGUAAUUACCACAGCAUGCAUCAAACAAAGAGUGCAGAGAAACCCUGAGAUCAUGAAGGGGUGA